AUGCAACCAACACCCACCCAACAAACCAGAAAUACCAUCGCAUUGAAGCGUCUUCGCGGUAGUGGAUCAAGCGGACGCCAUCGACCAGGAAGUCGAGCUCGACAUGGUAGUCAGCAUGAAAUUACACCUACCGCAGUCACAAGACCAUAUCUAUCAUCUGCGAAUGAUUUUCCCCCGUUAGGAUUCAACGUAUUACCUGAUUCUAGCGUAUUUGGAAGUACAAGUGAAGGAAUGACUGAAUCGACUAUAACAGGAAUAUUGAGCAGACCAGUCGAUAAUAGUACGAAUAACAGUACUGUGGGAACAAGAGAUGGAAAUCUAGAAAAAGAGAUACAAAUGAACAUAGGAGCGAACAUCUCCCGACGAAGCAUGAGACCGAAAUCUAUAUCCGCAAACUACAGCACACCAAUUGGGGAAUUCAUGGGUGGAAAACGCGGCGAGAAGAUAGCAGAUGGAUCUGAAACGCCAUCAUAUAUAAUAGGCGGAGCAUAUUCCCGACGAGGAAAUAUCCUUUCUUCACGAUUAAAUAGCAGUACUCCAGGAACAUCUACACGACACAAUCAUGGGAUUUCCAAUACCCAUUCUGCACCUAAUCCAUUUUCGAUGACAGCAGCUGCAGGAACCUCUCUUACGCAUCGAAGCGCCCCUUAUGAGAUUAGUAAGAAUUUUGAUCGGUUGCGUGUGCAGGGUGCUCAUUUGGGACUUGUUUCUUCGCCUUAUUUUCCGAAGUGUAAGGAGGAUUUGGUGAAGCAUCGAGAGGGGAGGAAGAAUGAUGCUAGGGAUGCGAUGAAUCAGCGGAUUAGAGAUAAAGAGGAGGUUAUGCGGUUGAAGAGUGAAGGGGCUUAUGUUAGGGUUAAGAGUGCUUUUUUGGGAAGGGUUUUUAGAGAUGGGUUGGCUGGGAUUUCGGCGAGGAGGACGAUUUGGGUACAUCCUUGUUUGGAUGGGGAGGUGUGUGAGAGAGCGGAAUGGCCGUCUUUGCCGGAGUUGAAAUAUGCUGGGAUUAGGAAGAUGGGGUUGCCGGUUCCGAGGUAUAAGGGUGAGGAUGGAAUGGUAGGGGGAGAGGUUAAAGCAUUCGCAGGUGAUAGAGUUGGAUUGGGUAGAAGAAGAGCGGAUGAGAAAGUCAUGUUUAACGAGCAAGUUAUUAAGGAAAUGGGUCAAAUGGGGAGUCUUUUCGAAGCGAUCGAUGGAUAA